AUGCUUUUCAUUCCUUUUGUUUUACUAAUUCCAAGCUGCGUUGGUUUCCGUGAUUUUGCAGGAAAUUUUACUAAAGCAAACUCUAAUUUUAGUUGUCCCGAAUAUCAUUAUUACUAACCAGACUUAAUUCCUCAUACAUGUGUUGGGUAUGUGAAUAUUUGCAAAGGAGUUACUGAAGUAACUGUAAAAAUAUACAAUUUUUAAGAAGUGCUUUGCCAUCCUAGAUUUUAAGCUUUUAAUCUAUAGCCUCUUACUACUAAUAAUUAUAUUCUUAUAUGCGUUCCCCCUUACUCAACAACUUACCAAUACAAUUCGAAUGGUGAAGUAGUUCACACAUGCGAAUUAACCAAUAAUGUUUUUUGUGUUUUAGCUUAAAAAUAUGGUUCAACAAUAAAAUGUGAAUAUUGUUUUGGAUAUUUAAUGAAGACUCCUUGUGAUUAUAUAAAAUCUGGUAUAAUGGUAUUAAGUCUUGAUUUAUAAUUAGAAUGUCCUUUAAAUUGCAAGCGUUGUGAUGUCGUAACAUUAUAUUGCUCAGAAUGUUUGGAUGGUUAUACAAUAAAUGGUCCGGGUGAUUAUAAAUGCAGUUAUAAAUGCAAGACUGAAGAUAUGAAGUGUACGUAUACUCCUUCGACUUAAACUUAUUUGACUGUUUAUUGUGCAGUUGGAUAUGAAAUGGUAUUGGUUAAUGGUUUAUAUGUUUUUUGCUCUGCUUAUUGUACAUUGUGUGCUAAUAAAGUAUGUCAAACCUGUGACACAGGUUAUAAAUUAGUAAGUGGCAAAUGUUUUGGAGAUCCCAAUUGUGCAGCAAUUUCGUAUGGAAUAUAUUAUUAUCAUAGAAUUAUUUAUAAUUCAAAUAACUCUCCUAUUGGAUAUACCUGUUUAUAGUGUGAUUUUGGAUACUUUCAAAAUGGUCCACUUUGCCAAUUGUGUUCCUCAAUGCCUGGUUUAGAGACUUGUUUUUUGUGCAAUUCAGGAACAGUAUGCAAGACAUGUUAAUCAGGAUAUUACUUGAACGAUCAAAAGUAAUGUAUACCUUUUGAUGGGUGUGAUGGAAGAUGCAAUACUUGUUUGACGAAUGAUCCAUUUUAUUGUACAACUUGUGAUUACACAAAUCUUAAAAGAGUUACAGUAAAUGGCCAGUGUGUUUGUGCACAAGCAUAAAAUUAUGCUGAAAGAUUUGGGACCUGUGUUUUAUGCACAGAAGGAUUCUGUAAGACUUGUACUCUUGACUUUUUUUAAUGCACAUCAUGUGAUCCAGCAAGGAAUAGAGUUCUUGUUGGCACGAAUUGUCCAUGUCUAUAAGGAUAUUACGAAACUUAUUUGGAUGAUAUGAAGUGUUAAAAAUGUCAUGAAACUUGCUAUAAUUGCGACGAUCCAACAAAGAAUGAUUGUACUGAAUGUGAUAGUCUCAAGAACAGAUAUUUGUUCCAAGGAUAAUGUAUAUGCAAAAGAGGAUAUGUGGAAGCCUUAUCAGGUGGAGCUUUGCUUUGUUUAGCAUGUCAUCCUAGAUGUGAAAAAUGCUCGAAACCAAAAGACGCUACUACCAAUAAAUACUGCACUCUUUGUAUUGCAGGUCAAAAUAGGAUGUUGACAAGCAAAUAAUCAUGUGAUUGUAUGAACACAUACGGAGAUUUAAAUGGGGUUUAGGAUGUUUGUUUCUAAUGCUAUUAUACUUGUGGUGGUUGUAUUAACAAUCAACCUACUGGUUGCAAUAUGUGUCUUGCAUCUUCAAAUAGGUAUUUGACAUCGACGAAGGAAUGCUUAUGCAAAGACAAUUAUUUUGAAGAUGGUGUCAAUAAUAGAGAUUGCAAAAGAUGUCAUUAUUCUUGUUAUAAUUGUAAUAACAAUUCUGGCAUAGAUCAAUGCACCUAGUGUCCUACUACGAGAGUAGCUGAUGGAACUGGAUCUACUUUUAAGUGUUUAUGUUCGGAUCCUCAUUCCUUUGAUGAUGGCUAAAGUCUACUUUGUGGUUAAUGUCAUUAUUCAUGCUUGACUUGCAAUGGAUAUGAUAAGUCUAAUUGUUUGACUUGCGAUUUGGCUUAUAGAGUAUUUGGAUUUUCAAAAUGUUAAUGUCCAACUGGAUACUAUGAGGUGGGAUAACUUUAAUGCUAAAAAUGUCAUUUUACUUGCCAGAAUUGUUAUGAUAAGAAUUCAGACAAUUGCAUCACUUGUUCAGCUAAUAUGAAUCGGACUAUGAUGGGAAACACUUGUAUAUGCAAGAGUGGCACAUCAGAUUACAAUGGUUCGCAAGCAUUGUGUGAGAAUUGUUCAUAUCGCUGUGCUAAUUGUACUUAACUUGAUACUAGCCAAUGCACAAGUUGUCCAGAAUUUUCAUUUAGAGAACUAGGAGCUAAUAAAUCUUGUUCGUGUCCAUCUAAUUUAAUUGAUAUUCCCGUAAAUCCAACUUGUCAAGUUUGUCACUAUACCUGUUAUUCAUGUUCAGGAUUUAAAUCGACACAAUGUACAAAUUGCAGCGAUCUAUAAUUAAGACAAUUAAAUAGUAAAGGAGAAUGUGAAUGCAAAAGCCAUUAUUAUGAUAUUGGAAGUGCAUAAUGUCAAAUUUGCAGUAAAUUUUGUGUGGAUUGUUAUCAAACAUCUACUAAUUGUACUUCAUGCCCUUCAGAUAGAUAUUUGACUACUACGAGUACAUGUCUUUGUAAGACAAAACUAUAAGGACUGUUGAUUAGUACAUUCUAAUUCUCUACUCAAACGACUUGUUCUAAAUGUCAUUACUCCUGUUUGACCUGCGAUGGAUUUUCAUCCUUAAAUUGCAUAACAUGUUCAGAUACUGAAAAUAGAAUUCAGACUGGAACUGCCUGUUUAUGUAAGCCUAACUAUUUUGAUUAUGGUUCUUCUUUAUGCAAAAAAUGCAGUUACAGAUGUAAAACCUGUUCUUAAAGAGAGGAGUAGUGUCUAAGUUGUCCUCCUUUUAGUCUAAGAGAAUAUAAUUCUUUAAUGAUGCUAUGUAAUUGUCCUAAUGGCUAUUAUGAUGACGGAACCAAUCCAUUGUGCUAAUAAUGCCAUUACACUUGCUUAAAAUGCACUGGCUUAGCAACCAAUUGUGAAUUAUGCUCAGGCAUUUCCUAAAGAAUCUUAGAUCAAAUCUUGUUAACAUGUAAUUGUUAGCAAGGAUAUUAUGAUGAUGGAGUUGAAAUUUGUAAAUAGUGUCAUUAUACUUGUUUUUCCUGUAAUGGAGCAGGACCUAACUCCUGUAAUUCAUGUCCAUCUGUGGCUACUUCGUAUAGAGUAUUCUAUAAUAAAACAUGCAAUUGUUUAAAUGGAUACUACGAUGAUGGGUCAUCAAGCAAUUGUAAGAAAUGCUAGAAUUAAUGUUUAACUUGUCAAACCUAUUCGUAUCAAUGUUUAUUAUGUCCAUCUACCAGACACUUAGAUGGAUCGAGUUGUAUUUGUGAUUUAGGAUAUUAUGAUACUGGGGCAUAGAAGUGCAGUCAAUGUGUUUCUAAUUGCUUAAAUUGUUAAACCUCAUCCACUAAUUGCGUUUCAUGUGAUUCUACUAAAAAGAGAAUUUUAAAUACAACAACAAAAACUUGUGUUUGUCAAAGUGGCACAAUAGAAAUCAACGGCAUUUGUUAGGAUUGCGAUAUUUAAUGUAAAACUUGUUCCAAUUCUACAUCCUAUUGCACAUCAUGUGAAUCCAUAAGAUUGUUAGACAAUAAUUAAUGCAUCUGUCUAGAUGGUACUUAUGAAUCCAGCAUUGACCAUUAAUGCUAUUUUUGUCAUAAGUCAUGUUUAACUUGUGUCUAUCAAGCUACUUAAUGUUUGACAUGUUCUGAACCAGAUUUUAGAAUUAUUAAACCUGGAAAUGGUUGUGCAUGUUUUGAUGGAUAUUAUGAAAACUCAAUAACACUAUCUUGUGAAAAAUGUGAUAGUCCUUGUAAAACAUGUGAUCUAUACGCAACCAAUUGUACCUCUUGCUUUGAAGCACUUCAUUACAAUAAAUAAUAAAAUUAUUGUGUGUGUCAAUCUGGCUAUUUUUACAAUGCUACUACUAAAUUAUGUGAAGCCUGCAAUUUCACAUGUAAGGAAUGUAGCACUUAGCUAAAAUGUACGCAAUGUGAUUUAAGUACUAGAUAUUUUGAUGAUCAACACUUUAAGUGUCUUUGCUAAGAUGGCUAUUACGAGGCAAAUCUGAGUUAAUGUCAAAUAUGCCAUAUCUCAUGCUAAACUUGCAUCACUUCUUCUAAUAAUUGUCUAACAUGUGAAACACUACUAUACUAUAGAAAUUUUAAUAAUAAUUAAUGCAUUUGCUAAGAUGGAUAUUAUGAUAUUGGAAUAUCAAUGUGUUAGAAAUGUAAUGAUGUUUGCAAAACAUGCUAAGUAACAGCAUACAAAUGUUAUUCAUGUUAUCAAAGUGAACACAUUCGAACACUUGUUAGUAACUAAUGUAUCUGCCAAACUGGUUAUUAUGAUAAUGGAACUUUAGUUUGUUAGAAAUGUUCAAAUGAAUGUCUUACUUGUAGUGGAUCAGAGAAUCAUUGUACUAGUUGCGAUAUCAAUCAAAAGAGAAUCGAUUAAUCAGUUAUCUAUAGAUGUCCAUGCAUGACAGGUUUUUAUUCCGAUGAAAAUAAGAUUUGCUAAAAAUGUCAUAUCAAAUGCACUUCUUGUCUAAAUCAAAGUGAUCAUUGUCUCAGCUGUAAACUUGUAACUGGCAGCAAUAGAUACACAUUGUCAUAGAAUUGUGAUUGUAAAGCUGGCUACUUUGAUGACGGGAUUUAAUUACAGUGCUAACAAUGCAAUCAGAGAUGUAAAACAUGUGUAAAUACUUCAACCAAUUGUUUAACAUGUUUCGAUAGUUUGAGAUUCAACCCUCCUAAUUGCAAUUGCAUUGAUGGCAAUUAUGAAGAUGCGUAAAAAUAUUGCUAACCAUGUAAUCAUGAAUGUAGUACAUGUAUCAACAAACCAGAAAAUUGUUUAACUUGUAAACCUGGUAGAAUGACAGCCUAAUGUGUAUGCCAAGAUGGUUAUUUCGAAGCUGGAGUAUAAGAAUGCUUAAAAUGUAAUAUUUAAUGUAACACCUGUAAUCAAACAGCCUCAAACUGUUUAUCAUGUAAAGGUGAUCGUAUUAAUUCGCCAGGCUGUUCAUGUCCAUUAGGUUACUUUGAUGAUCUCAUAAAUCAAAAUUGCCAACUAUGUGACUCAUUAUGCUAAACAUGCGAUCGACUUGGUUGCUCCACUUGUGCAGGAAAUAGAAUUAUAUCAAAAGAAUACACUUGUGAUCCCCCUAACAAUUCCAUAUGUAAUAAUAUCACUCCUUGGUGUUCAACUUGUGAUGUUGCAGUGUUGAAUAUUCAAAUAUCUGAUGAUUUAAAAUCUGUCAUUGUUAAAUUUGAUUUCCCCUUGAAUCCUAAAAGUUUCUCUAGUUAAGUUUAAAAAAACCUUUGCUAUCAAAUUUUAUCCAACACUACUUUAAGUAAAUUUGGAUUCAAUCCUCAAUGUCAAAUUGAUGAUAUUGAUCAAAAAAUUCUAUAUCUUAAUUUCGGCAAUAAUCCAACUAUAAUUGAAGGAGAUUCCAUUGAAUUCCUGCCAAAUACCUUAUAACAAUUAGAUUGCAAUAGUAAAUUAUCAGUGUUCGUAUUAACCGAUGUAAAGGCGCCAGGAAAUCCAGUUAUUCCUAUUUUAGAAUUCAAUGUACCUGAAAUUUAAUUGAAUCCUUGUGACAGUAAUAUUAUUAGUGUAAAAUCAAAAUCAAAUGAUGGUUUUAGAGGAUUAAAAAAUAUAAUAUGGUCUUAUGCUGUUUAAGGAUCCUCUGGCCAUGGAGAUCUCGAAAAUUUUAUCCAAUUAUAGUCAAGUCUCCAGUUAUUAGAUUUAAAUAUGGAUGCCUUAAUACUACCAAUUUAAUCUAACAUUACAUUUACAGUAGUAUUUUCCAACUUUAUUGGACAAUAAUCUUCAUAAGUCAUUAAGAUAUCAACCCAUUCGGGUGCUGCUCCUUCAGUUAAUUUUAAUGUCAAAAAACAGUUUUAUUCAUUUUCAGUCAUCAAUAUCAUUUUUACAAUAUAAAAGAUCAAUUGCACUACAAAAUUGAUUGAAAAUCCUAAUUAUCAGAUAAGUUUAAAGGAGAAGGCAAAAACAUUUGGAUCAUCUUCAGAAGUUGAUUACCAAACAGUAUCAAGUCAGAUUGAUUUUAAAAUUAAAAUCCCCUCUUAUAAAUUAACUCCAAGAGCUUUCUAUACAUUUGAAUUGAAUGUCUCAGAUUCAUCAAUAAAGUACUUUUCCUCAUAAUAAACCACUAUUGAAAUUCUGCCAGCAGGAUUUUUAUGUAAGUUCUAGGGAGUCCAAUAAGUAUAAGAUUACAAAAAGGAUCUUAGCAUGUCAAUUGAAUGCAUAGAUUUAGACACCAACUACUUAGCUAAUCAAGAUCCUGAUCUAACUGUCAAUGUCAAUUGUACUGACUUAUCUACAAAUGAUUUUUGUUUGGAUGUUAAAUCUCAAAAGAUUAAAGUAAACUAAACUGAUUUUAGACAAAAGAUAUCGAAAUAUCAAGUAUAACCAUAUACAGUUUAAUCAUGGAAAGUGACUGCAUUAAAAAAUGGAUCAAAUUAAACUUUUGAGUAAAUCAUCGUAUUCUUAGACGAUAACUUUAAGGAAUUACAGAUGAAUUAUAGCAAGGGUUAUAAUAUGAGACCAAUAAAUAAUUAUGAAAACCUGAAUUUCACUUUUGUUAUACCUAUUAUAGAUUAACCACUGAUUCUAGAAUAUAGUAUUGCAAUAAUAUAUGAUUAUGAAGUGUUGGUUAUAUUGCAACCUAGUUGUUAUUCCUAUUAAUUUAGGUUGUUCGACUAUUAUCAAAAGUUUACUAAAGGAAAUCAAAUUAAUCUUAAAUUUUUGGUCUAAUUUACUAAUGAUAUCAUGCCAGGAUAGCAUAAUCUUAAAGUUAAUUUAAAUUAACCUCCUCAAUGCAUCAGUUAGGUUGAUUCAAAUUCUAAUAAAGCUUUAAGUGUUGUAAAGGUGAUCGCCAAUUGUCUAUUUUCAACUGACACCCCAUACAAAUAUCAACUUAGAGUCUUAAUCAAUGAACAAGAUUAUAUGGAUUACAAAUAAAGAAAAACCGAUUAUUCGUUAAUAUUAUACUCAUUUUAGAGUUCAAAUAAAUUCCAAAUUCUACUACCUUCCUCGAAAAUAUAUAUCAUUUUAUAAAUUAUGGAUGCAGAUGGUUCGAUAGAGAAUAAUUACUAAGAAAUAAUAAUGAAUAAAAUUGACUUAAAUUGUACAACUCUUUCAUAUUAAAAUUCCACUUUCAGAUAUCAAAUUGCAUUAGCAUUAGAAUUGCUUCUCAAUAAUUAUUAGAAUUCAGCUUGCUUAAAUGUUGCCAACCAAAUCUUAUCCAAUAUUAAAUAAUUGUCUUCCACCUAUAAAUUUGAAGAUUAGCAAUUAGCCUAUAAAUUUAUUAAAAUUUACACUCAUUACUACUUAAAUAUGAGCUCCUCUAAAUCUACUAAUAAAACUAAAAGAAUAUUAAUAGAAUCUUCGAGUGAUAGAUGCUAUGACAAAGUCAAUUAGAAAUUCAUUUUUACAAAUAAAAAUGUGUCAAAUGAACUUUAAUAUAACUACACGUAUUUAAAUACUUAAUUCAAUAAAUUGAAAAAUGAUGUAGACCAAUUAAUUAAAAAUAGAUAUGAAAUAGAAUAAGAAUUAAGUGAAGACACUUUGGUUUUACAAGAGCCCCUUUAUUAGCAAAGAGAAUUAAUAAUAGAUGCAUUGCAGAAUUAAUUACUAUUCAUUGAUGAUGCAUUUUACGUAUUAUCAAAGACAAAAAUAACUAUGAAUAGUGAGAAAUUGCUGAUAUUGAAUAUUGGAGAAGAACUUCUACAACUAAUCUAAAUAAUUUCUGAUUAAAUCAAUAGCCAAGCCUAAGUAAAUGGCAACCAACUAGAUAUUGAGGGAUAAUAGUUAUCGUGGAAAUUAUUAAGAUAAUCAAAAAGUGAUUUCAAUAAGUUAAUUAAUAUUGAAUCUGAUUUCACUGACAGUUUCGUUGCCUUUGUUGAAAAAUCUUAAUUGAGUAUCUCUUAUAAUUUCUAUAAUUUGUCAACUGAAUAUUAGGCUCGAUUGCAAUAACAAUUGAACUAUACCAACCUAUAGAUAGAUUCAAAUAAUUUGUUGAGAUUGAGUCUCAGAAACUAUAGAACUAUGUAAUAUUAUGUCAACUAUGAUAAUUUGACUUAGAAAUAUAAUGCAAUAUUACAACAAAUAUCAUAUUGUGAGGAAGACCAUUAAUAUAAUUACGAUGAUAUUUAUGAACCCUCUUGUAUUUAAAUGUCAAAUAGCAAUUUGUUUAAUGUUUGUGAUCGAAUAGAUAAGGAAGAGAAUUCCACUGUUAAUGUUAUUUGUAGUUGCAAUCAAUUUGGAAAUGUGUUUAUAAUUCAAAGUCCCCUAAAUUAGACUAAAUUUAUUAACGACUCUGGAAUUUAAAUUGAAUCUUUAGAAACAGAUCAGAAAACUCUAGAAAUUUUUGAAUAACCAUUCAUCUUAUUAUAAAGCAUAUUGACUUGCUUUUCAAUUUUAGUUUAUUAUUAAUUGUACACUUUGGAAAAUACACCUCAAGAAUAGAUGAGUUAAUAGUAUCAAAAUAUAGAGAGUUCGGAUGAUUUAAGUAAAUUAGAAAGGAAAGAUCAAUUGAAAUGCUACCCAGGUGAUGUCUUUAUUAUUAAGGAGAAUUAUAAAUACAUUCAUCAAUUUUUUUCGAUAUUCUAUUGCGAUGAUGUAGUUGUAAAGAAGAGUUAUAGAUUCCUACAAUUUUUCACUGAACUUAGUUUUCUGAAUCCAAUGGCAAUUCUCCUAUUAACUACAUUUUCAGACGAAUUGCUAUUAAAAAUGGUAUUCUUCAUCAAUUUUUCGAUGAUCUUAUUAAUGAGAUUUAUAUUUAAGUUGUUUUAGGCAAUAUAUAGAUUUGGUGGAAAACUUGCUAUGCUAAUAGUCUGUAUUUAGAUUUUGUUGCAAAUAUUGUCUUACAUUUUGUUCAUUUAUGCGCUUAUGAAUAACACCUAGAACUCUGCCUACAUCAAUUAUAUGAUAGGCGUGAUAAUAGGAGGAACAAUGGUUUUGACCUAUUUGAUAUACGACCCAUUGAUUAUUUUUGUCAGAAUACAGAUCUAUAAACUAAUAAUCUAGAGUAUUAAAAGCCAGCAACUGAAUCCACUAUUCCAUUUUGUCUAUUUCUUUAUUCAACAUUACAAGUUGGAUUAAAUAUUUGACAAAUAUGUGGUUUUUUGA